AUGGAGGGCGGCGCCACGGGGGGCAAGUCGCUGACGCCCGUGGCCAGGGAGCUGAUCCGCACGUUCAGCGGCUGGUCCAAGCACGUCUCGUACCUCAAACAGAACCUGAAGGAGACCAAGAAGUACUUCAGGGAACUGAGGCCGGCGGCGGGCGGGGGCCCGGGCCCGCUGGAAGGUGCGGCAGACUGCAUAUCAUUCCCACAACACGAAGAGGAUUACCUCCAUGCCGCAGUGGGCUGCUUUCCAUGUAUUCUGAUCUUGGGCCAGAACUGUGGGGCAAAGUGCCAUGUACUCAAUUGUGUUUUGGGUGAAAAACUCUUACCAGUUGUCAAGAACAGCAACGAAAAAAAUUGCAGGAGGAGGCGUCUGAAGUUCACUCACGGAAAGAGAACCAGUAUCAGUUUGGCAUUGCCUGGACAGUACGUGUUGGUACAUCAUCUCGCUGCCCACCAAAGGAAAUGGGAUACCAUUCCCGAAGAGGAUCUGAAUAUGCAGGACAGCAAUGAGGACCCCGCACACAGAUUAGCGCAUCUGGAGGUUACACUACAUCAUCCCUUGUUGCAGGAAAUGGAUAUUCUAGUUCUCCCAUGCCGCGAGGCUCAGUCUGAGGGGAGCACGCUGAGUGACUGUCUGAAAUACUCUCUGCCGAUCAUUGUCUAUGCCAUCAGUGAGGAGCACUUGACUGAGUCUGAAGAACACGAGUUGCAGGAGUUGAAGAAACUCUCUUUACCUGUGUUUUUCAUCAAAGUGCCGCGACACUUGUGCAACAAUAACUCCGAGUCUCACUCGGGACAGGAGAAGGACGUGCCGGUGGUGGUGAAAGCGUCGAAGUUCGAGAAGGAAAAGAGCCCCCUUUUACAGCAGCUCUUGAAGUCGGACUUUCUGGGCCCCGCUGGGAGCGGGCAGCCCAACGCUGGCAAAGCCCAGAGCGUGCUGGUGGAACACAUUGAGAAGUUACGGCAGCUCGGGGCCUUCGCCAAGCAGGUGGUGCAGAUGCAUUUGGUGGACGCAGCCACAGUGCUGAACGGAGUUCACUGCCGCUCGCUGGACAUCUUCAUCAACCAGGCCUUCGACAUGCAGAGGGACCUGCAGAUCACCCCCAAAAGGCUGGAGUACACCCGGGAUAAGGAGAACGAACUCUUCCAGUCACUGAUGAACAUAGCGAACCGAAAGCAGGAAGAAAUGAGAGACUUGAUCGUAGAGACGUUGAGUGGACUGAAGGAGGGGCUGUUGGAAGAGGCAGGGAACUUGGAAUUCCAAGACAUAAUCAUUUGCGAAAACGGAGAGGCUGUUAGCAAUAAGGACAUUAAAUGUUGCAUUAAGCAGAUCCAGGACCUGAUUAUAACACGGCUGAACCAAGCUGUUGCUAAUCAACUGAUCAGCUCUGUCGAUUACCUCCGAGAGAGUUUCGUGGGCACCCUUGAACGCUGCCUCAAGAGCCUCGAGAAAUCCAAUCACGAUACUGCCAUGAACAAUGUCACCAGUAAUCACCUAAAACAGAUUUUAAAUGCAGCCUAUCAUGUUGAGGUGACGUUUCACUCAGGAUCCACAGUAUCUCGGCUUCUUUGGGAGCAGAUUAAGCAGAUUAUCCAGAGGAUGCCUUGGGUAAACCCUCCGGCUGUCACUACGGAGUGGAAAAGAAAGAUUGGACAGGAUGCCAUCGAGAGCCUCUGUGCCACUAAACUAGCAAAGAGUAUAUGUAGUCAGUUCCGCACCAGGCUCAACAGUUCUCAUGAAGCGUUUGCUGCCUCUCUGCGACAGCUCGAAGCAGGGCUUUCGGGAAGACUUGAGAAGAUGGAGGAUUUGUGGCUGAAAGUGCGGAAAGAUCACGCCCCCAGGCUGGCUCGACUGUCGCUGGACAGCCGCUCUCUGCGAGAUUUGCUCUUGCACGGCAAGCCUAAGCUGGGUCGGGAGCUGGGCCGAGGCCAGUACGGAGUUGUGUACCUGUGUGAGAGUUGGGCUGGACAUUCUCCCUGUGCCCUGAAGUCUGUGGUGCCUCCCGAUGACAAGCACUGGAAUGACCUCGCGCUGGAGUUCCACUACACAAGAUCUUUACCCAAGCACGAGCGACUGGUUGACCUUCAUGGCUCAGUGAUAGACUACAGUUACGGAGGGGGCUCCAGUAUUGCAGUCCUGCUAAUCAUGGAGAGGCUGCACAAAGACCUCUACUCUGGGCUGAAGUGUGGUCUGAAGCUGGAUGUUCGUUUGCAGAUUGCACUCGAUGUGGUGGAAGGUAUCCGUUUUCUGCACCGACAGGGGCUCGUCCAUCGAGACAUUAAGCUAAAGAACGUUUUGUUGGAUAAGCAGAACCGAGCAAAAAUCACCGACUUGGGAUUCUGCAAACCUGAGGCCAUGAUGUCUGGGAGCAUCGUAGGAACCCCCAUUCACAUGGCGCCUGAACUGUUUUCGGGAAAGUAUGAUAACUCGGUGGACGUUUAUGCUUUUGGAAUUCUCUUCUGGUACCUCUGCACAGGAACGAUCAAACUCCCGGAAGCCUUUGAGAAAUGCUCGAGCAAGGAUCAGCUCUGGAACAACGUAAAAAAAGGAGCACGGCCAGAGAGGCUGGCCAUGUUUGAUGAGGAGUGCUGGCAGCUGAUGGAGGCAUGUUGGAGUGGAGAUCCUUCUCAGCGGCCCCUGCUCGGGAUAGUGCAGCCCAUCCUGCAGAACGUCGCAGACCGACUCUGUAAGAGAAGCCCAGAGCAGCACAACUCCACGUGAGCGAGGUGCUAAGGACCCAACUGACAGGGCAGUAGGGAUGCCAUUGGCUCCCAGCAAUAUCAGUAUUAACACUAGAUCAACAUCACCGGUUACGUUAAGCAGCAAGACGGUGAACUCGGUCCUUCUCUUUCGUUUUACUUGCAGGAAUUGGAACAGGAGUCAGCUUGUGGAAUUAGUAGAGUUAUGAGGAACUUUCUCACUUAGGUUACCGUUUAACGA